GAGAGGAGCAGCCAGCGAGAGCUUCAGCGGUCCUGCGCGCAACGGGUUACUAAGGAAAACAUCCGCUGUAACAUCUUAACGGGCUACUUGAAGACUUCAACACUUCAAGACGGUUAUUGCCAUUGACCAUUAGAGCCCGUGCAACGACAAAAUAUUCUGCGAGGCCACAAAGGGGUGUAAGAUACAACACCGCAACAGUGUAACAUAGAAAGAGUAGAGCUGCAACAUCCGCGCGGAUCCAGGUAAAAUUUGACAGCGCGUUCCACAUCAAAGGGAUUAAAGCAUUAGAUGCGUAUGCAUGAGUUCUGCAUCGAAUGGGCGCAAGAACCGCCCCAGAUCAGCCGGGAACAUUUUUCAAAUAAGCAAGCCUCCGUACGCGGAGCGCAAGGAUAGCGAAGCCCAAUGCGCCGUUGCAGACUGCAGAAUGAUUGUCCAGGAGUUCAAUACUCUGGUGGCGCUGUAUCGCGAGCUGGUCAUUUCCAUCGGCGAGCUGUCGAGGGACUGUCCCUCUCUCCGCGCCGAGAUGCACAAGACGCGCAUUAAGGGCUGCGAAAUGGCACGCACCGCAUACCAGCGCUUAUCAGACAUAUCCUGCCCUGAAGACGGAGAGAUCCAGCCGGAGAUCUGCAGGCUCUUCAUCCAGCUGCAGUGCUGCCUGGAGAUGUACAUCACCGAGAUCCUCAAGUCCGUCUGCCUGCUUGGAUCCAUGCAGACACUCCGGAAAGGUAAGACGCCGUCGUCUGUGCUGCAGAGGACGGACAGCAAGGUGGGGGACAGCUGUGAGAUGCCCAUCCUAGAGGACACCUCCUCCUCGCCAGUGGAGGGCCCUCAGGCCGGCCUCCUCGUAGCCACCGACAUCGACAACUCAGAAAGGGACAUGAGAGAGAUGAAGAACCUUCUAAGCAAACUCAGGGAGACAAUGCCUUUACCACUCAAGAACCAAGAUGAGAGCAGCUUGCUGAACCUGUCCACUCCCUACCCGCUGGUGAGGCAGAGGAAGAGACGCUUCUUCGGCCUGUGCUGCCUCGUCUCCAGCUAAGAGGCCACUUUACUUCCACGACACACA